AUAUAUGCUUCAAACUACUACAUUUUAUAUGUUGCAGAAAGCCAAUAGUUCCAGUCAUAGUCACCCUUUGUUUAGUUUGAAUUACUGAAAGAUAUUUUAACGAAAGUUCUUUGAACUUUCUUGAGUUUCUUCCUUUUAUCUCUGCUACCAAGAGUUUUGUCCCGAGAUAGAUAUAAGAAGUUCCUAAUUUUGUGCAAAUCAAACCUGACCUUGAAGUCUGAUCAGAUCAGCAUAAUCUCUCGUGUUCGAUCUCUCUUCCGACAUACUGCUCUGCUUUGUUUCUCCUAACUUGUUUAAGUUGUUUCCUAAGAACUUGUCACCAUUUUCAAAUUAAUUCGAAUCUGGAGAGUUUUGGGGACCAAAAAGCGUGCUUUGACUUGUAGAUCUGCGCAUUUUGCAAUAUGGCUUCCUCUUCUGUCAUCCCCCCAAAAGAAAAGUAUGAUGUCUUUCUUAGUUUCAGAGGCAAGGACACUCGCAAGACUUUUACCAGUCAUCUUCAUGCCGCUUUGAUACGGACGAAAGUGGAAACCUACAUUGAUUCCAGACUUGAGAGAGGAGACGAAGUUGGACCCGCCCUUCUAAAAGCUAUCAAGGAAUCAAAGAUUUCUGUGAUCAUUUUUUCAAACGACUAUGCUUCUUCCACAUGGUGCUUGGAUGAGCUUGCUUAUAUACUGGAAUGCAAGGAAACUCAUGGACAACAUGUUAUACCUAUUUUUUACGAGAUAGAUCCAUCACAUGUACGAUACCAGAUGGGGAGUUAUGAGACUGCAUUUGCUACACAUGAACAAAGGUUGAAGAACCAGGCGGACAAGGUGCCCAAGUGGAAGGAAGCUUUAGUAAAAGUAGCCAACCUAUCAGGGUUUGAUUCAACUUCAAAAACUGUUCGGCAUGAUUCCGAUUUAGUUGACCAAGUCGUCAGAGAUGUGUUGGCUAAAUUGAAUCGUGAAUCAUCAAGUGAUUCAACUGGUUUGAUUGGAGUUGAAAGCCGCAUUGAUAAAAUUUUAUUGGAAUUAGACAUUAUCCCAGAAGAUGUUCGUGUUCGCUCUUUAGUUAUCUGGGGUAUGGGUGGUAUUGGCAAGACCACACUUGCUGGUGCUGUAUUUCACCGGCUCUCUUCUCAAUUCGAAGCUCACUGUUUUCUUGCAAAUGUUAGGGAACGAUCAGGUACCAAAGGAUCAUUCUCUCCUGAACUGUAUGUUUUGCGAAAUGAACUUCUUGGAGAAUUACUAGGGGACAGGAGUUUAGCUAUCCAUACUCGAACUAUAGGUGCUGUUGACAAGGACAGGCUCCGCCGUGCAAAAGUCCUUGUUGUUCUUGACGACGUGAAUGAUUCAAGCCAACUAACAUUUUUAGCUGGAGAAGUUCCAUUUGGCCCAGGAAGUAGAAUAAUUAUAACAACUCGAGAUAUGCAACCAGUUAAGGAGACUCUACCAAUGAAGAAAGACCAUGAUGUUAAGAUAUUCAAGGCGGAGGAAUUAAAUGGUGUUGAGUCUCUUCAGCUCUUCCAUUCAAAUGCUGCCGCACAUUCUACAGAAAAUUCAGAAAUUUUAGAGCAGGUGGUAGAUCAUGCUGCAGGCAUUCCAUUAGCCCUUAACAUUUUGCGUUCACUAUUCCUUCGGUGCAAGAGCAAAGAAGAACAGGAACUGUUGUGGGAAAAAUUGAAAAAGUUUCCCAACAAAAAACUUCAGAAUGUGUACAGAGCAAGUUACGAUGGAUUAGAAGAGAAUGAGGGGGAGAUAUUCCUUGAUAUUGCAUGUUUUCACAAAAGGGAGAAACUUCGUGAUGCAAAAAGAAUCUUAGCUGCCUGUGGUUUAUUUCCGGAUGAUGGAAUUGAAAUUCUCAUAGAUAUGUCUCUCAUAUCAAUUAAAGACAACUGCAUAUGGAUGCACGAUGUGAUCCAAGAAAUGGGCUGGAAGAUUGUCCGCGAAGAAAGUACUGAAAAGCUUGGAAAGCGGAGUAGGUUGCACAAUGGUGAGGAUGUCUGUCACAUAUUGAAAAGGAAUACGGGAACUGCAAAAAUACAAAGCAUUUCCAGCAGAAAUUGUAUUAACAAGCUAACGUUGGACCCUCAAGCUUUCACAGGGAUGGAUAACUUAAGGUUUCUUAUGCUUAGAUUUAUACAUCUUGACGACAAGGCAAAUCUAGAGUAUCUUCCUGAUGCCCUUCAAUAUCUCUAUUGGCAUAGUUACCCUUUAAAAUCUUUGCCAUCAAAAUUUUUUCCAGACAAUCUUGUUGAGCUACAUAUGCCCUGGAGCAAACUCAAAAGACUUUGGAAUAAAGGCCAGAAUCCUAAGAACUUGAAAAGGAUAGAUCUUAGUUACUCCAUGGACCUGGUCGAUGUUGGAGAGCUGUCAAAUAGUGUAAACAUGGAGAGUAUAAAUCUUCAAGGCUGUAAAAGUUUGGUUCAAGUUCCGGAUUUGUCCAAGUGUGUAUACAUUAAGAGUAUAAAUCUCCUAGGCUGUGUAAGUUUGGUUCAAGUUCCGGACCUGUCAAAGAGUGUAAACAUUGAGAGUAUAAAUCUUCAAAGUUGUGCAGAUUUGGUUCAAGUUCCUUCAUACUUUCAGAAGUUUACCAAGCUUACUUAUCUGAAUUUGGGAUAUUGCUCGAAGAUUAGUUUUCUACCAAAGUUACCAAGCAAGCUGGAGUUCUUAGAUUUAAGUGAAACUGCAAUAGAAGAAUUGCCUCCAUCAAUUUUUUCUCUUGAGAAACUUGUUAAAUUGAAUCUUCAUUCCUGUAGCUCCAUUGAAAAUACUUUGAGCAGUCCAUGGAAGAUGAAAUCCCUCAAUUAUCUUUCGUUGAGAUACACAAAAAUAGAAACAGUGCCCUCGUCAGCAUUCAUGUGUAUGACUGGGAUCAUUUCACUUGACCUCAGUAAUUGUGAUCGCCUUGUCAGUCUCCCAACUGACAUUUGUAAGUUGAAAUCUCUUGAGAGACUUGAUCUCUCUGGUUGCUCUAGUUUCACAAACUUUCCGGAAAUUGCGGAGCCUAUGGAACAUCUGCAGUAUCUUAAUUUAAGUGGGACGAAAAUUGAAGAGCUGCCCUCAUCGGUUGGGAAUCUUGUCGGGCUUAAGACCUUAGAUUUAUCCUACUGCAGAAGCCUUGAAUUACUCCCAAACAGCUUCUACAAUUUAAACCUUCUCGAGUGGUUCUCACUUGAUGAAUGUGUCGAGCUAAAAAAAUUGCCUCUCUCGUUCAUUUUGUGCUCUUUGGUAAAUCUAAACCUCGGAAGCUGCAAAUUGUUAGAAGAAAUUCCCGAUUGCUUUACUAGCUUCCCCGCAUUGCAAGUCUUAAAUCUUAGCCAAACCAUGAUUGAGACCAUACCUCCCACCAUCAAACAAGUUUUAAGGCUCAAGUCUCUGAGACUUGUCCUGUGCAAGCGGCUUCAAUCUUUGCCAGUGCUCCCAUGUCUUCUAGAAAAGUUCGAUGCAACAGAGUGCAGGAGACUUGAGACAGUGCCAGUUUCAAUGACUGCACAGACACAAUGUUUUGAUCAAGUACUUUCUGGGAGGAGGACGGAGAGACAUACAUAUUCCGGUUGCGUUAAUUUGGAUAAAAAUGCAAGGAGCAACAUAAUGGAUGAUACACACUUCAGAAUUAUGAGAAUGGCAACUGCUUGUAAUCUUAAACGUUUAUCAUCUGGUAAAGUAGAGUUACUUUGUCCGGGAAAUGAAAUUCCAAAAUGGUUUAGCUGUCAAACGGAGGGAUCUUCAAUGAAUAUUAAGCUUCCUCUGCAUUGGUCCGAUAAUUCAAACUUCUUGGGUAUUGCUCUCUGCUCUGUUUCUGCAAUCCACGCAUAUUCUUACUCUCUUGGGUGUCAAUGUGAGAUGAUUCUCAAAACCAACAAUGGUGAAACCCAUAGUGACAAUUUUGGAACUACAGGGGACUUCGAGACUCGGUAUCCGAUGGCUGAAACAGAUCACGUUUUGGUGUGGUAUGAUACAGUCCAUGCAAUUUCAGAUGAAGCAAAAUGGUCUUUGGAAGCCUCUUUUGUCUUCUAUACAGACGUCGAUGAUAAACGGCGGAAUAACGUGAAAAGGUGUGGGGUCUGCUUUCUGUAUGCCCAAGGCCAAGAUGAUGAUGCUCUGAAAUUUGAAGUCAUUCGUCCAUAACAAGUUACAACAACUAGGAGACACGGCGGCCGCUUUGAGGAUGAAGCUAGUGGAAGUCAAAUGUCUGGUCACUUUGAUAGUGGAAGUGAAACUAAUGGUGAAUAUGAUAGUGGUGAAUAUUCUGUUCAAUGAAUGUUACAGUGAGUGUGAUAGUGGAAGUGAACGUUCUACUUAUCACUCUUGCGAUGAAGCUUCAAAAACCUGAAUCAAGGUUUUCAGAACUGUCACCUGGCAUUCAUGACUAUAUUUUUCUACAUUCUGUUUGUGUUGAUCUUCAUAACAUAUAGAGCGAAACAA